AUGAAGUCCUCGUCCAUUCUUGCCGUGGCAGCCUUCUUUGCUCGAGGUGCCGUCAGUACCUGCGAGCUCGCCGGAACACUCGCUGGCACGACUUGCGAAUGGCAAGGCACGGCUCCGAAUUGCGGAGAGGCCAAGGCGGGCUUGGAGCUCGGCAAAGACACGGACAAAGGAGAGCAGCUGGUCGCUUGGACCCGAGAUCAUACUUGGAGCCAGUUGUUUGUCGCCGACUAUGAAAUCUCGGGGAGCCGUUUUCAACUCAACCAAGAUAUGCUGCCCUGUGCGGACCAGUACGGCCAGAGCUGCUGGGGAGGGUAUAAGCGGCUUGUCUGCAACGGAACCAAGAUUCCUCAAGAGACCGUGGAUAUCAUCAGCUCGCCACUAUCGAACUCACCCUGCGCCCAAGGCGACGAAGUCUGCAUCGGACCCCGUCCCGAGAGUAGUGACCUGGCAUUUGGUUACAUUGACAUUGGUAAAGGGUCGCAUAGGACCUAA